AGAAGAACCUCCUAGCAGAGAUGCUGUAUAGCAACGUUUCUAAACUGCGUCUGUUGCUAGCUUUUCCUGUUACCGUAAGAGACAGUCGGAGUGAACCACCAGAGUCUGUUUGCGUGGAUAAAUUGUUUAAGGGGACUCCAUGUAAACUUUCACCACAGACUCAUCUCCUGUUAGCCAACAGUGCUAAAGGACGUUAGCCUAGCUUGCUAAUAGGAAGUAGUCUGAGACGUAACUCGGUCACAGCGCUAGCCGGAGUAGCUUUGCAAGAGAACAAACUAUUUUUCACGGACACAAAAUGUCCAGAUAGCUGAACAGACUCUGUGCCAUUCUCUUUAUUUUAAAAUGUUUAAGAUUUGAAUUAACUCCUGUUGUCCUGCGAAGCUAAUGCAGCUAACUUAGCUAGCUAGCUGGAAACAGACGGAUGUGACGUCAUGUAAUUCAUCAGAGAGAACAAACAGUUUUAACGCAGUGAGUCUGGAGGAAAAGCUGCUGUGAAUCAGUAAAAAUGUCUAAAGUCCAAACGCUGAGAGCUUUUGUGAAGCAGCGACUAACUGCGGCUGCUGAAGAGAUAUUUGAGCAGUUUGAAAGAACGAUAGCAGAGUACGAGGAGGACGUUUGUCGACAACAGAAACUACUGGACGCUGUUUUCAAGCCUGAAGUCCGGUUACACAGAGCAGACGUCCAGCUGCUGUUGGUGAGUAAAGACGAGGAUCCUCCUGAACUGCAGGACUGGACAUCUGGUCUGGACCACGAGGACCCAGCAGAGCUGCCUCUGAUUAAAGAGGAACAGGAGGAACUCUGGACCAGUCCAGAGGGAGAGCAGCUUCAAAGACUGGAGGAGGCUGAUAUCACCAAGUUCAUAUUCACUCCUGUCCCUGUGAAAAACGAAGAAGAUGAAGAGAAACCUCCAUCCUCACUGCUUCUUCAGGGUCAGACUGAAGGGAACAGAGCUGCAGAACAUCUGAAAACAGAAAAUGUUAAAGGAGAGGACUGUGGAGGAUCAGAACCAGCCAGGAACUUUAAUCCAGAUCAUUUGCAACCAGCUCCUCAUGACAAGACUUCAGACUCCUCUGAACCUGAGACUGAUGACAGUGGUUGUAAUUGGGAGGCGAGCAGGGAACCUCAGUCAGGUUUAAAGCCUCUGAAAAACAAUGAAAUACCUGGAAGUGAUCUGGAAGGUAACACUGGAAAAACAUCAAUCAGCUCCUCUGAAUGUGCUGCAAACUUUGGCCACAACGAGCAUCUGCAGAAACACAACGAGAUCCAAACAGGAGUGAAACCAUUCAGCUGCUCAGUCUGUGGUAAAAGAUACCCCCAGAAAAACUCUCUAACUACACACAUGAGACUUCAUUCAGAGGGAAAACGUUUCAGCUGCUCAGUUUGUAAAAAAACUUUUCCAUGGAGGGGAGAGGUUGUGAGGCACAUGAGAAGCCACACAGGGGAGAAACCCUUCAGUUGCUCUGUCUGUGGUGCAAGAUUUUCUCAUAGAUCAAAUUUGACCGUACACUCAAGAGUUCACACAGGAGAAAAACCUUUCAAAUGUUCAGUUUGUAAAACAAGUUUUACUCGCAGACACCAUUUGUUUGUGCACACGAGGAUGCAUUCUGGCGAGAAACCCUUUAAUUGUUCAGUUUGUGGGAAAAGAUUUGGAGCAAGGGGACAUUUGAGACGACACUCGACUGUUCACACGGGGGAGAAACCCUUCAGUUGUACAGUUUGCGAUAAAAGAUUCACUCAGCUCUGUAAUUUCAAAAAACACAAGUGUGAUGGUGAGAGCAGCAGAAAUAAAUCAAGCUGCAGAGAUGCUUGUUAAGCCAAUUUCUUCCAGUAGGGAGAAAUUUCUUUCAAGUUUGGACACAAACCUGGAAAUGCAGGUUUAAAUAGAUCAUAACAAAGGGUUGAUUUGUCAAUCAGUGCAUAUGUUCAUGUUUUUGGAUGGAGCUCAAUGGUUCAAUUGCCAUAUCAGAGUGAUCUUUAGUAAUGUGGUAUGAUUCCUUUUUUGUGGAUUUGAUGUCUCUGAAGUAAGGGACGGUUCACGCCUCUGCGUCGUCCAUUCAUUUCUGAUAAUGGACACCUCGAAGGGCAUUAUCCCGCUUAUACCACGGUCACUUACGAAAAAAUAAAUAUUGAAUCAAUUAUAAAUUCCUCAAUGUUGUUUUUUACCGUUAAAAUCCCAAGUUUUUCACGAGAAGCAGCUGAGCGACUAUUUAAUAUCUCUCGUUGUGACGCGUUGCCAAGGUAACCAGCUCUGGCCACAGAACCUGCAGCUCAGUCGGCCGCAGCUCUUAUAUUAGGCCUGAUCAGUGGAGGGAAGUGAGAUGAUUGAUUCACGUUAUGUUACGUUACAAAGUAUCAUUUCAGAGGAGAAGUGCACCUCUUACCGCUCGUGUUUGUCCAGAGGAUGAUGCGAAAAUUUGUUUCAAAGAAUCAAAGUCCACAGAAAGUUUCCUAAAUCGUUUUUAUUGCAAGAAACAGCCUCACUCUGAUCAUUAAAUGGUGUCAAUGGUGAUGUCAAACCACACUUUUCUGACGUGGCCGAGGGGCGUCUGGGGAGACAGCGGAGAUGAACAUCUGAUUAUCUCCAGGUCCGACUCAGGGAUACGAGGAUGGUGGAAGCUGGUGUCUUUCCCACUCUUUCUGUAACGCUUCAGUAUCGCCUUAAAAACUUUAUUGUCUUGCCGUUGUGAUAAAUAAACUGUGAAAUAACGUAUGUUAACGUAUGUUCUGAGUUUCUGUUGCCACGGUUACCAACUAGUGUUUGAGCCAGCUCAAUAAUUUAGAACAAUCAGGAUAUUUGACCGGAACUUCUUUUACAGGUGUCCUAUAACACUUUUCAAUGGACACCCUGCAGCCAAUCAGAAUCGAGUAUUCACUCAGACCAUGGUAUAAUAGUGAUUUAAAAGUUUAAUCAAUAUGAAAGAAAUUCAUUUUGGAAGUUCGUGGCUGAUUUUUUUUCAGUCAGCCAUGUUUUACAGACUGAGGCUGUUUUGUUGUUGUUGCUACACUUAUAUAAUAAACUUUGGGUUU